UAAAUUUUACAUUUACGUGAGAAUAACUUUACAUGAAUUUUUAUUUGUUUGUUUUGGUUUCUACUUUUGUCAGUGUGACUCAGAAGUAGAAAAUAAAUGAACUGUAUAAGAUGGUUAAUUUGAAACAUAUAUUUCAGGAUUUUAACCCUAGUAAAUUUGUGAUAUUUUCCUGCCUGCUUGUCUUUUCAUUCCUGUUUGCUCUGAGGCUUGAUGGCACAAUAGAGUGGAGUUACUGGGUUGUGUUCUUACCUAUAUGGAUCUGGAAGUUCCUUGUCAUAUUUGGUGCAAUAAUUGGCAGUUAUGUCUGGUUCAGACAUCCUCUGUACAGGCUUGAGGGAGACAGUUUUGUGCAGUUUAAAGCAAUGAUAAUGACAACCAGUAUGCAUCUAAUGUUACUGGUUUUUGAUAUACUUGCCUGUGAUAACCUCGAGACAAACGACCACUCCUGGAUGUUUGUUUUCAUACCACUCAUGUUCAUGUCUAUUGUCUCUAUUGGAUUUUGUGUUUGGGCGAUAAAAAAUGAAAGAUCUUUUGAGCUGGAGUUGUUUUGCUCUGUAAACAUUCUACAGUUUAUAUUUAUUGCAUUGAGAUUGGACAAUGUGAUCAAGUGGAGUUGGGUGAUUGUAUUUAUACCUAUAUGGAUAGUGAUGUGUAUAUCAAUGAUUGGGGUAAUAUAUGCCAUCAUUUUGGCAAUCAUUUUGUCACGUUCGCCAGAGAUCAUCAGGGACCAAAGGCGUGGAAAUCUCACAACAGCCAUUGGAUAUUCCCUUCUAGUCAUUCCUAUGUUGAUAUUUGAAAUCCUGCUAGCAAACAGGCUGGAUGAAGACAACCAUUUCAAAUAUACAGCCAUCACAGUACCAUUAUAUAUAUCAUUGUUUACACUAGUUCUGCUUUCAUUUGGAGCAAAGGGAGGUAAUCAGUGGUGGUUUGGUGUCAGGAAGGAUUUCUGUCAGUUUUCGCUCGGCCUGUGUCCUUGUCUGCAAGAGUAUGGGAAUAUAUCCUACUCCGCGGAGACCAGUAGUGAACCGGCCACAGAAAGUGAACAUGUGACGCCCAAACAUUGGCAUAGUAAAAAGAAACCACCAGAUGAUAUACUGAAAGUUGUAGUGCCCAUUGUGUCCAUAGAAACGCCAGAUUGAUUUACAACCAUAUAUAUAUGUAUAUGGAUUUGAGCAUUGUGAAAUUCUGAAAUGAGGGACCGUUCAUUAUUUUAAACAGUAUUUAUUUGGCAUAGUGGUACAUGUGUAACAUGUACAAAAUGUUGUUAUAUAACAUGACAAUUGUGGAUCUCAGAUCAAACUAUAACAAAUAACUUACAAUGAUUUGUCGUCAGGAGACUGUUCCAUUCUUAAUUAGCGAUUACGUUAAGCUUACUAGCCAUCGGAGAACAUUUAUUUGACAGAAUCAAAAUAACAAUAUCUAAAUUAAGGUAAAACAUAGAUUGUUUUACAUGGCAAGGGACUGAGCAAAAAGCCCCAAUUAUCCAGGAUUUUGAGCCGUCCAUUUAGGAACCAAAUCAUACAGGUCAACUUACAUUGGAAAUUCAGGUCACUUAUUCUUUGUUUACACAGAACUGUGAUGUGUUAUAAAAGCACACUUGUGACAUUUUUAAAUAAUGCAUUAGAAACACUAUGUCAUAAUUAACUUACAAAAUGGCUAAAACAAGAAAUUAUGACUUGCUUAAUUUAAUACAAACAAAUUUUGAUUGAAGACUUUUUUCUCAUUUUUUUUUUAAAUUAAUGUUGUAUUCUAUGACGUGUGCAUCAGUGUUAUGACUUAUUUUUACUACCCAGAUAGCCUAGAGGUAGAGUGCUGAAAGUUGUGGGUCAUCAUGUGAAAAUUUUGACUGUUCAUUUGACAACAAUUCUCAGAAUUAUUCUUUGGGGCAUUCUAAGUUAAAUUGUUGGAUUUUCAAAAUGUAGCAAAAAAUUGUUCACAACUUCUUUAUUGAAAGAGCUGAAAUACCAAUUAAGGGGCUUGGAAUAACAAAAAAAGGCAUAUAAACUAAUUCAUGUGUAUUUUCAGAAUUGAAGAUUUCUUUUUAUCUCAGUGAUACAUGUAUAACUUUUCAGUAGUGUCUUUGAUAUAGCAAAAAGAGCAUUUUUCUUUAACCUUUCGCAAAUAAAUACUCUCAUUUUCAGCAGAAAUAUACUUGCAAACAAACAUUCUAGGAGAGAAUAUCACACAACUUUCUUUGCAUUUGAAAAUGGUGUAUUUAGCAGAUUUGCUCGUACUGCUGAACGUGCGAACAAUUUUGACACCUAAACUCAAAUUGAAUAAAUGCAUUUAAAGGGACUGUGUUACAUGUUUGUGCACUCAAGUUAUUGAUACUCUACCCAGCUGAGGUAGUUUCUUAUAGAAAAUAUAGGGAAAGUGACCGGGAGGACGUGACUGAGUCCAGGUUCUUGAGCUAGCAGAGUUUCACUGUAUAUCAGUUGUAAAAGGAAAGCAAAAAUGGAUACAUAAUUAUAUAUACUAGCAGUUUAAGAAUAUUUUUUGCAGAACUACAAAGCUUCGGACUUUUUGAAUGAGCCAGUUUAUGUUCUACAAAA